GGGGGGGGGACUCUUUCCAACACAGCAUCUUCCCCUGCAGCUGGGGUCUGCAGCAGCUGCGCGUCCACUGUGCCACUUUCUGCGCGUCCUCACCCAGGGAUGGACAUUUGGACAGGAGCGCGCACGGAGGAGGGAGGACAGGCAUGGAGCUGAAGUCUCGUCGGGGGUCUCGGGUGGUCUGCGGUGGCGAGUAGCAGCAGCAGCAAACCAAGCGAUGCAUCGGAUUCUGCAGAGGAGACGGGUGCGCAAGCUGCGGGUCGUGUGGCUGUCCCUGGCCCUGGUGGCUCUGUCCCUGGCCGCCUGCAGCGCGCUGUUCACGGCCUGGACCUGGAGACAGACCCGGGACCUGUCCCAGUCCUUCAAGGUCCUGCAGGACCGCUUGGAGCAGGUGAAUACACAGAGGAAGGCCAUCGUCCAGCUCAUUCUGGAGAAGAGGGAGCUGCUGGUGGGGCAGAGAGUGAAGAGAGACGGGGGGGCGCUUCGAGGGAGGAAUGGAAGUGGAAAGAAGGCAGCGUCUCAUUUCGAGAUAACCAAAGUCUCCUCUCAGCAAGUGGGAGUAGGUGGUGUGAUAAAGGGCUGGGAAGAGCGGACAUUGAAUAUGACCAAAGCGGUGAAAUACAACAAGGAGCUGGGCACCUUCACGGUGGAGAAGGCCGGCGUCUACUUCCUGUUCUGCCAGGUGUUGUUCAACGAGCAGCAGACUCCGUACGUGAAGCUGGACGUGGUGACCACUGGCCACAAGCCUCAGAAGCUGCAGUGCAUCGAGGGCUACGCCACGACCCCGUCCGCCGGGCCGCACUCCUUCCACUUCGUCAAGUCGUGCCAGGUGUCCGGCCUCCUGCGGCUGGACAAGGGCACGGAGCUGCAGGCCAUCACGGGCUCGUCCUUCCGGCUGCACACCGUGGGAAGCCCCUCCGCCUCGCCUCACGUCUUCAGCAUCUUCAAAGUCAACUGAAGCUCGGGCGCUCGUCCGAUCUGGGAUGGAAACUCAUCUCCCUGCAAUGCAACUUUCUUUUUUCCUUUUCUUCCAAAGUGGUCAGAAGCAGCCGAGGGCAUCACACCCUUCUACAGACGCUCAUUUGAAAGACAAGCCUGACAUUUGCGGGACGAUGUUGUGGGAAUGUUUUCCUCCGGACACAGACUUCGGGAUUUAUAAAACCAAAACCCAAAGUGGACACGAGGCCUCGAUGAAUGUCUGCGAAACACGUGCGAUGGAAGCUGUUGUGUACAAAAAGUUCAUCUUAGCCUCCGUAUCAUGUAACAAAUAGUGCUUCCACUGUCUUUAUAAGACUGACAGUAAAGCUGUGCAUGCACCUUUCACUUUUAUAUCACCGGUUGCCUCAAGAAGCUGAGAGCAAAUCUGCAAGCAUCAGAUCUCGACGCUGUUAAAGCCAAAUGAGUUGUCGUUCAUAUUUUAUACAAUACGGUGUGUGUCUGUGUGUGUGAGAGAGAGAGAGAGAGAGAGUGUGUGUGUGUGAAUCCAACAGUUCUUGUUUAUACUGAUUUAUGCUCAUUACAAUUCAAUGUGCGUUUUUUUAAGUGUGACGUUGCCUCUUCACAUACUUUGUAUAUAUGUCACACACGUGUCACAUGGGUGCGUUUCAACUCGACAACAGAAAGUGCAACAUUUUUAAAUAACAUGGAUUGUGAAUUUGUGCUCUUUUCUGAGGUCAAAUUUGAUUGUAAGGUAUUUUUAUACGUGGUGUACUUGGCGUCACUUUAGAGAAGUGAGCACAAGUUAUAGAAGUGUACAGCUUUGAAUAUAUAUCUCUCUUUCUUUUUCUGACUUUAUUAUGUUAGUGGUAAUGAAACACCAUUUCCUGCCUAUAGGUGCGUCAUCUGUUCAUCAUACCGUUAAUAACACUGAGAGGAAAUCACGGAAUAAUAUCGGGGAGGAAAUGACACAUUCAAGAUUAAGUGACAAUUAACUAAAAAGAGAUUUUCAUUAAAGAAGAAGCAUCGUUAAGACUUGUAUUAUUCUGUAAAGUUCUUUAAAGUCUUUGAGUGUCUCAUUGCAAACUCAAAAGGUUAGUAUAAAUUCGUCUUUAUAAUGAUGCCACUUUAAUUGUAACAAUAUGUAGCCUCAGUUGUACCAAAGGUGCUAAUAAGCAAAUGUUAGCAGAUGGUGAAUAUUAUUAACACUGUAACUUUCGGCGUGCUAGCAUGCUAACAUGAGCAUUUAGCACACAUUGGCCUCAGAGUUGUGUUAAAACUCGGAGUUAGGACUUGUGGAGGAACCUCAGAACCCCCGACUUUGUGCAAACUUUUGCCCAAUUGUGCCUUAACUUGAUUUUCUUUUUAAAAACCAAAGAUUCAGAGUCGUACGACACCAAAAAUGACUUUCAAAUUGUUCCCAUUUCCUCCCGUUUGUGUCUGAGUUCGUUUCUCCGACUCGUUUAUUUCUGAAUCUCUCUCUUUGAAAUGCAAACUCCUUCCUUUUCUGCCUCGUUCUGUAAUAUCUCCUGCUGCACCACCAACAGCGUGUAUUUCCAGCCGCGGGUUUGACUCCCACUCUUGUUUAUAAGUAGUUUUUGUGGACGGGGCCGCAUUGGUUUUCUCCACAGCACUUUACUGCGGCGAGCGCAGACUUUUUUUUUUUUUUUAAUUGGUGCCAAACGUUCAUGUUUUCAAAUGGAAAAAGUGUCGACGUUGGACAUAUAUCCUGUUUGAUUUCCUCAUCGUUUUCCUCCUUCCCUUUUGUGUCUCCCCCGCACCACUUGUACUACCACAUGCACCUCAUAUUUCCCUGUCAGCACCGAUCAGACUGCACACACACACACACACAGACACACACACACUGACUCCCGAGUGUCCUCUGCACACACACACACACACACACACACACAGACACACACACACUGACUCCCGAGUGUCCUCUGCACACACACACACACACACACACACACAGACACACACCAGCAGCCAUCUAAAUUUUCACUUCCUGAAUCUGAACCUGAACCACAUUGCUCAAAGUCUUUGAGGAAAAACAUGCCUCCCCCCCCUCCCCCACCACCCUCACACACUUCCCUG